AGAAUGAGGAGAAGGAGAAAAAUGUCUCAAAAUCUAAAAAGGACAGCAAGGAGGAAAAAAACAAUGAUGAGAAAAACAAAAGCUCAAAACAUGAUUCACCACCUUGGCUCAAGAGUGAGAAAGAACCAAGUAACAGGAAACGCAAGAAUAAUCUGGUAGAAAAAAACCUGAUAAAAAAGCACAAGGAAGACUCCUCAGAGAUGCAAAUCAACAGAGAAGUAAAAAUCGAACAAAAGGAGAGCUAUGAUACUACAGAAAAGAAAGUGAAAGAAAGCCUAUUGAAGAGAUCGACAUAUCAGGAAUCCUUUGAAGACAUGCUGAUGGGCAUGGAUGAACAGCUCAAAGAAUUCUGUGCCAGGAAGCAGAAAAAUAAGGACAGGAAACACAAAGAAAGGGAAAAAAGUAAUACUGCCAAUAAACGACAAGAGAAGGAAGAAAGUAGCCUUAGCAGAUUAAAUGAAGAGCUGAAAUCAACAGACAGUAAUUCUAGAGAGACAACUGAAAAACUGACGAGCAAAGAAAUUCCAGAGGAGGAAGAUGAGCAUUCUGAGGGGCUACAGAUCACCAAGGAAGAUUCUGGAAAUCAAGAAAGCAAGCAGAUAGAAAAAGGUGAUAAGCAGAAGAAUGAGGAUUCUUCUACAAGGGUGAGUGAAGAUCAAGAUUUGAAUGGAGAUGGGAUUCCUGUUGAAAAUAAUAAGAAAACAAAAAGGGUCCACUGUAACACGGGUUCUGCCCAUUCAGAUGUAAAACUCAAGAAACCAAAAGUAGAGAAAAGUGAAGAUGAUGAAUUACCUCAGGUAUGCAAACUCAUCUCUGGCACAUGUUUUGUUAUGUUCAGAUGUGGGGCUACUGUGACAAAAAUAGCCUUUAACAAUUUGAACUUUAAGCGCAGCAAUUCAAUUGUUAGGACUUUAAGAUGCACUGUUCCUAUUGUUCAGGGAGUACGGUUUGCAGGGAAGAGGUGGGAAGAAGAACACUAUGAGGAUGGUGUAAAAUGGAUGUUUCUUGAACACCAAGGUCCACUGUUUGCACCUGAAUAUGAGCCACUUCCUGAUGGUAUUGAUUUUUAUUACGAUGGUAAUCCUAUGAAGUUAAGCCUGGCAGCAGAAGAGGUGGCUACCUUCUACGCUAAGAUGCUGGAUCAUGAGUACACUACAAAGGAUGUCUUCAGGCAAAACUUUUUUCACGACUGGCGGAAGGAAAUGAAUGAGCAAGAGAAAACGAUAAUCACUGAUCUAGAUAAAUGUGAUUUCACACAACUGCAUCAAUACUUCACUGAAAAAGCGGAGGCCAAGAAAGCAUUGCCCAAGGAGGAGAAACAGAAACUAAAAUUAGAACAAGAUGCAAUUACUGAGAUGUAUGGCUACUGUAUAAUGGAUGGCCAUCGGGAAAGAAUUGCAAACUUCAAGAUUGAGCCUCCAGGGCUGUUUCGUGGACGUGGCGACCAUCCAAAGAUGGGAAAACUAAAGAAAAGGAUCAUGCCUGAAGAUGUCAUUAUCAAUUGCAGCAGAGAUUCCAAUGUUCCAAAACCUCCAGAAAAUCACCAUUGGAAGGAAGUACGGUUUGAUAAUAAAGUGACCUGGUUGGCAUCAUGGACAGAAAAUGUUCAGGGGUUACUUAAGUACGUCAUGCUCAAUCCAAGCUCAAAACUUAAGGGUGAGAAGGACUGGCAGAAGUAUGAAGUCGCUCGGCGCCUGAAAGAAAAAAUCGAUGCAAUCAGGAAUCAAUAUCAUGUAGACUGGAAAUCAAGGGAAAUGAAAACACGGCAACGAGCAGUGGCACUAUAUUUCAUUGACAAGUUGGCAUUAAGAGCUGGGAACGAAAAGGAGGAAGGAGAGACUGCUGACACAGUUGGUUGCUGCUCACUCCGUGUUGAACACAUUAAGUUGCAUGAAAAUGAUAACGGGCAGCAGUGUGUGGUAGAAUUUGACUUCCUUGGAAAGGACUCUAUUAGAUACUAUAAUAAGGUUCCAGUGGAAAAACAGGUGUUCAAGAAUCUAAAAUUGUUCAUGGAGAAUAAGGAUCCUGCAGAUGACCUGUUUGACAGAUUGAAUACUUCUGAUCUGAACAAACACCUUCAGGAGUUAAUGGAGGGGCUCACUGCCAAAGUGUUUCGAACAUACAAUGCUUCCAUCACGUUGCAAGAACAGUUGGCUGAAUUGACUGAUCCUGAAGAAAGUAUCGCAGAAAAAAUCCUGUCCUACAAUCGAGCUAACAGAGCAGUGGCCAUUCUUUGUAACCACCAGAGGACACCCCCAAAAACUUAUGAGAAAGCCAUGAAAAACAUUCAGGCCAAGAUUGAAACAAAAAAGGAACAACUUGCAGUAGCAAAGAAAGAUCUGAAAAAUGCCAAGGUGGACUACAAAGUUAAAAAAGAUGAAAAAUCAAAACAGAUUGUAGAGAAGAAGAAAAAGCUGUUACAGAGGAUAGAAGAACAACUGAUGAAAUUGGAAGUUCAAGCAACAGACAGGGAGGAGAAUAAACAGAUUGCAUUGGGCACGUCCAAACUCAACUAUCUUGAUCCCAGAAUCACCAUUGCUUGGUGCAAGAAAUGGCACGUUCCUAUUGAGAAGAUCUAUAAUAAGACACAGCGAGAGAAAUUUGCCUGGGCCAUCGAUAUGACUGAUGAAAAUUUUGAAUUCUAAAAGAAAUUCUUCAUUGAAGAAGACAAUUGCACAGUAUCUCAGGGAGUGGAAAAAAAAUCUGUACUUAAACACUUCAUUGAAUUUGUUCCUUUCAAUAUGUUGAAAUUUUUUUCAGUUGCUAUGUUGCACAGUUGAUAGAAAAUGUUAAUUUGGAAAGAAUUAAGAUGAAAGUUUUGAAAUACGUAAAAGUUUUGGCAUAACAGUGCUGUAUCGCAGCAUGCUUUGAUAAGUGCAUAUUGGGAAGUGAUGGGCCAGUUAAGAGUAAGCAUGCAAUUAAAUGGUGCCUUAGUACAUCUCGUUAUCAUCUAAAAGUUGUUAAUGUUAACCUGCAAGUUCCCUCUAAACUUUUGUUUUGAAAGUUGUGGGCAGUUUGUUUUAAAUGUAUGUCCCUUGUUUUGUACAGUUGUAGCCAUGUGCAAAUGGUAACUUAAAAUGGCUGAUCUUUGUGUGGUCUGAGUUGAAAUGCAAGACUUUCAACGAAGCCCAAAAGAGAUGAUGGUUACCUGUAAAGUACACAAUCAUUGCAAUUGUGGGUGAAUAUUGCUUAAAA